AUGGGAAACACAAGGAGGAAGUUCUUUGCGAAUGGACUGGCUACACCUCUAAAGGUUUCCAUCCACGCCUUACUCUUCAUCCUCCUACUGAACACAGCGGAGAUUCUUGAUCCCCAUCCAAAUGAAAAUUCCUACAUGGGAUUGAGCUGCUCGAAUGGAGGGAGAAGCUUGGCCAAUGCGAUACCUCCACUGCUGGGAGAAGUGGCGAGAGAGAUGACGAACCUGACUCCUCCGAAGAAUAUGGGCAUCCCAAUCAGUACCAGCACGAACAGCCAUAUGCCCACCCUCCCCAAAACAAAGAACCAACGGCACAAGUACGUUUGCACCUCGGACAAAGCGCUUUUCGAAUUGAGACUCAAAAUGAACAGCUACAUAAACAAACACAAAAUGGACCUAACGAAACACAAUCAGGGAAAUAUACAAACAAAGAAAAAAAUUAAAAACAACCUAAAGGUAUACGAAAGAGAACUAAAACAUCAAAUAGAUUCCUUAAACUUCUAUGUUGACAAAAAAGAAAUGUACAAAAUAUGGGGAAAUAUUUAUGACAAAAGGAGACAUAUUUACAUAGACAUGAUAAAGACGUUGUGGGAUAAAUGCGUUCACUUAACAGAGAAGAAGCAAAUUCCAAAAAAAGUUUUAUUUAAAGUUUGGUGGAAGGCUUACUCCGAUUUCAUGGUGGAGCUGCAAAAUUGUGACUCCCAAAGUAUGAGCAGUUUUUAUGACCUAUAUUACAAAGACCGCUGCCCCAGAUAUAACUACAUGGAAUUCAUCAUGCAAAAUAAAAAAUCCUGGAAGAAAUUCACCACAAGGAUGAAAAAUAAGUGGACGAAUGAUUUGCUCGCAGAGUUAAGGGCCUACUCCAAGUAG